AUCCUCGUCCGGCGGCGCAGCGAAUAGGAGUGUAGUUAGAACGGACUCGUCGUCGACCUGUGGUUUGUCGCAGGACAUGCCCAACUCGAACUCCUCCACACAGCAGCAAGCCCGCGACCGUGAAGUCCAGCAGGAGCCCUUCUACUGGAGUAAGAGCAGCCGUGUUGUAGACCACAGCUGCGGGGGCACGACGCAACAAGGUGGCAGAGGACUAGAGAACAUCUCAAGAAUACAAAAAUCCGAUGGAGAAGAUGCGUGCGCAGCUGGGAAUGUCGCAACCUCGACGUCUGCAUUCAUCCAGCAGGCGGCUCCGAAGAAUUGUGCCAUCAGUGGGGAGACAAGUACGUCGUCGACGACCACCAUCACAUCUUCGCGGAGCACGGCUGCCUCGUCGUCAUCCACGACUACCCUCUCGGGCACGCAGAGAGCAACGACGAAUACGUGCAGGAACCCGCCGCCCCCGGGUGACGUCAGUCUCUUGCAGCCCGCUUCCACUCUCGACCCACGAGGACCUGCCGCAGCGCGGGCACGAGCAAAAGGGGUCGUGACUACACGAAGUGAAGAUGCCACGACACAACAGAGCCAAGUCCGGCCUGCUCUAUCAGCGUCGACACAAGAACCCUGCAGCUCUGGAAAUGCACGAGCGACAGUUGCGCCCACGUCGUCUUCUCCUCCGAAACCAGGGAAUUAUGCCGCUGGUCCCUCACUGGCGCGGGCGCCCACACCCAACGGAUCCUCCACGAAUACGAGCAAAAAUCUUCCUCGGGGCAAAAGCAAUGGCAUGAGCCUGCACCUGCUGAGCACCGGGCAGCACCCGCGGCAGGCCGACUUCCAGGCAAUGGGGUUAUGAGACUGCGCAACUCCUCCUCCCCCUCAUUUGUAUUGCAUGAACAGCAAUAGAAGGGCCUGCAAGAGUGCAGCUCUUGCAUGACAAAUUUUCACAGGAUUGUUAGUGGUUUUUGGGCUGCCAGAGUCAUCUGUGAUGCUACCACUCCCAAGGCGCACAGAGUGGAUUUGGUAUUUUGCAUCACAAAUGAGAGGGAGGGGGAGUUUUGCACUGUUAUAAAGGUACGUGAUGAAGCAGAUGAAGGGCCAGGCCGAAAAGCAGGCCGCCGCACAGGCGGACAGGCAGCGGGUGCAAAUGUUGCAUUUCUUGAAACCGAGGGGGCAGGACCUCCAGCCGAAUUCGCAAAUAGACGAGGCGGAGGUCCACGUCGAUGUUGACCAGCAAAGCGACAGCAUUUCUUCGACACGAGAAGGCGGAGUAAAACCGAGCAGCUGCACCACAGCAACGGGAAAGGGUGUGCAGCAUGGGAAGAACGCAGACAAUAAUCGUAAUUCCUCAAGUUGUCGUGCUCACUCUGGGUCUGGCUCUGCAUCUGCUUCACGUUCAUCACCAACUUCGAAAACAAGCACCAGCGCUUCCCCCGCGACAAGGUCCUCCCUUCGCGAGUACACUGUCAGGACGCUGUUGGGCGAAUCGCCCCGGACAGCACGGCUAGCUGCACCGACUGAUCCCCAACCGCACCCCACGAGCUGCGAAAGAGAGAUUGCAAUAGGGGCGCCGAGAAACCAGAUCCGGUCCUUCUUCGACACGUAUCAUGUUGGCAAGCACCCCGUGCGCAGCUACAGUGCCUUCAUGCCCCUUGAGUUGUUGCACUACCGGAAGCACCACGCUGACUGGAACACGUUUUCCUUAUGCAUUGCAAAAGUAUCGUACUAGUAUAAAUUGCAUCACAAAUUUUGGCAAGAAGAAAAGUGGAAUUUGUAAAUGCUGUUUUACCUUAGGAAGGAGAUUUGUCAUGCAUAUUUGCAAUUAGUACGACUACGAUGCUUAUUUUUGCACAGGAUAUUCCUACCGGAUCAGCAAGUUGGUCCACAUCUUUGUACAGAAAAUGAGCGGAAGGGAGAGGUGGUAUUGUUUUGGAGGUCUGGAAUUUUCUUCAUUGGUCUCAGGAUGUUUGAAGUCUCUACAUACGGCAGAAGAUGUGUAAUACAGACGGAUGCGUUUGUAGUUCCCAUCGCUUUGCAAUCUCUUUGUUUGCACGUUUAUGAAUCAGGCAUGAAAAAAGGCAGUAUGAUGUAAGUUGUGUGCUAUAAUACCAGGCGUAUGAUUCGUCCCGGCGAGUCCUUCUACGCCCUGGACGGCAUGACGGCAGCGGAGCGCUUGGUAUUCGCUUCGUAUUACCUCUGCCCCCCAAACGCGGUCUUUUGGCACGAAGCCUUCGCGUUGUUCAAAUCCGCCGGGUUUCCGAAGGAGAAGGGCAUGAUCCAGAAAGUGUUUGAGUUUUUGCCUCACUUGCCCCCCUCCCUCCCGGAUUCGCCGCGUAAGCCUGGUUCUGCAGAGGAGGCAGCAGCAUCAAGCGGAAGUGGAGCACAACCUGCAGCGGGCGGAAAAAGUUCGUCGGUGUCGCAGGACGAUAUGAAUAACACACGUUGUGGUCGUGCGAGUGAGAACGCGUGCACGAGUUCGAAUCCUUUGAAUAAUACAACAAACGCUGCACCUGCAGGAGCCGAUGCCGACCUCCAGAAAAAAGUAGAUGAGAAACAAGAGAACUACGAGAGGAAGAAGGAUCAAGAAACACGAACUACAUCUACAGGAAAACAGCCACACCAAGGUAAUUCUCGCGACACUUUUCGCUUCCCUUGUCCGCCGGAUCACGAUUUGCGCACGAACCUCUUCCUGCUGUACCGCCGGACGUGUUGGGAGCAGCACUUUCGCCUGGGUCUCUGGAACUUCGAUCGCAUGAGAAGGCGGCUGAAGAGCCGUGGAGAUGAUAAAAACAGUAGUUCCACCGCAACACUGCAACGAGAUCCGAUAGAUGUAGAAAAGGAAAAUCAAAAUCUUCACCAAGCAGGAGCGGAAAAUAAGGAAAGUCCACCUGGGAGCUCCUCAAAGGAAAACUUGGACCCGAAUAAAUUGUUGGUCGGGAGCUCCUCUUCAUCUGCAAGUCCAACCACUGGGAAGAAGAAGAAGAAGACUGAUCCCGACGCGGCAGAACGGAUAAAAACCGCUUCAAUGAAUAAUUGCAACGCCCUGGUGGCCCAGCCCUCUGCGAGCUUACGCCCGGCAAACGGCGCGAGUACUAAAGCAACUUCAGCGAAGAAUGCUUCGAAAAAAGCAGCUGCAAAAGCAAAAACGGCGAGUAAGAACGCCAAUAAAAAAAGUGCGAGUGCUUCUACUACCAAGAAGGACAGUCCCGAAGCGAAGCAAGCAGAUGAAAAGACAAAGAGUUUUUUGUUCUCAGAGAACAAUGCGGCCGCCACAAAAACAAAUGCGGCAGGUGGAGCUGCCGCGGCUCCUGUGAAGAACCACGAGCAACAAAAGGCACGAGACUUCUGCCGGAAGACAUCCUCUUCAAGCAAACACCUUUCUACGGAAGAUGAACACGACCAUCAGAGUUCUUGCCAGAACGUUCUUCACGCCAGCACUUCCACUUCCAACGCGACGUCUUCGCCGCACGAGUUGUAUGAUCCGCUUUUCACGACGAUAGCGUUUACGGAUCCGCGAAAUUAUCGAAAGACCUGGAUCAGCACUGGUGAGUUCGAAAUGACGUACUUCAUGACGCAAGUCUUGCUCCGGGUCCGGUCCAUGAUCAUUGAGGAGGAAGAGAUGGGGCCCCGGUGGGAGUUUCUCCUGGAAAAGCCCUUCCUUUCCCGCAUGCUGGAGCACGUGAUCGCGUAUUUCGACCGCACGAGACCCAUUUUGUUCAAGGACGCCGACCAGUCGGCGCUGCAGGGAGGAAAGCUGUUGCUGGUCGAAAGAGAUCCUUUUGAGGAAGAGAUAGACAGAGUUUUUGCACUAGAGCAGAAAAAUAAUAAUCUACAACCCGAUGCAGGUGGUCCUGCAGCGCCACCAGCGAAUUCAAGUUGUAAGGGAACAACUUCGCUACAUUCCGAGAAUUCAUCUAGGUGCACACAGAAGAACAAAAGUACCGAAUUGCUGCUGGCGCCUGAACGUGGAGUAGACGACGAGGACGAUGAGGAUGAUGAAGCCGAUUUGUACAAAGAUCGCAAAGAUGGGAACCGCUUUCGCUUUCCCGAUCCGGAAGAAUUUUCGGACGCUACGGUCUGGGAUUUUCUCCAGUACAACUACUACCGCGCGCACCAGUUGACGCUGAAAAGCAUCUUCGAGCUGAACAAAAUCGGCAAGCAAUACGCGAGCAAGUUCGAGAGCCAUUUUUGUCCCAGGUACUCCGUGUUUUCCAUCGACCCCGUGCCGGAGGUGGGCGAACCCGAACAUUAUUUGGAGAGGGACCUGGAGCUGAUGGUGUUGAACAGUCGUCGGAAGGAUGGCCGUGCUCCGCGUGAUCAUGUCAGUGGUUCGACGACGUCCAACUCGGAAAGGACCGCAACGAAAAAAGCCAAAACGAUGAACGAACAGAAAAAUGAAGCAGAAAAUCAAUCUGAGGCAAAGAGUGAAGUAGAUUCUAAAAGUAGGAACAAGGUGGACAAGGACAAUAGUUUUUACAAAAAUAUCAACAAGUUCAACCACGCGGCCACGCACCUCGACAUCCCGCGGGAAUACCCACGUGGAAAGUCGUUUGUCGCUAUCGAAGAAGUCGUGCUCGGCCACGACGGAAGCUUUGUGGAGCGAAGCUACCUGAACAACAGCGGGCUCGAGCAGGCGCCGGACAUUGACAAGUUGCUCGUGCGCAGCAUGCCCGAGGAUCUCAAGGGAACAAGGAAAGAAGUAGAGACCAGUAGAGCGGAAAACAAGAAAGAAGCCGAAGGACCACGAGAAAUUCAACAAGUGAUCUGGUAACCAAAUGCGUGCGCGCGCGCGCGCAGAGCGCGCGCCGGCCCACGAAGCCGGCGCGCGCGCUCUGCGCGCUUGCGAUAUUGCGUAGCAAACGCAGCGCGAAGGCAGUUGCCGUUACCAUAUAGGGCAACCGCCGGGAGGCGUGAAGGUCAGGGAAAUGGCCAGAAAUGAAGUGGGAGAAGGGAAAAAAAGCGGACCAGAUGGGAAAAUGGCCAGGAGGGCAAAAAUGUCGCAAAAACGGCAGAAACCAAGCGGGAGAAGGUGAAAAAAGAGCAUUUUUGCGGUUUGGCCCACUUGAUAUCUGAAAAAUAGACGGACUGUUUUUUGCUCCGCCCGCUGGGCAGCUGCGUUGGAGAAGCAGGCCCGCGACCUGUCCGGAAGCCUUGGGCCGCUUCGUAACUGGAAAAAGUUGGAAAAAAAUGGCAAAAAUUUGCUUCAUACCGUGGGCGGAAGCAAUCGUCGGAUUUUGUCCAGAUCCCCCGGGCCACUUGGAAAAUGGGAAAAGAAGAAAAAUCUUGCAAAAGCGCAAUCCCCCCGCAGGCUUCAAAACUGCCAGUCAGGUGGGGGCGGUGAAAAUGUGCAGGUCGCCCGGGCCACUUGGAAAAUGAAAAAAGAUGAGAAAUCGCGCAAAAGCGCAAUCCUUCCGCAGGCUUCAAAACUGCCAGUCAGAUGCGGGCGGUAAAAAUGUGCAGGUCGCUGGGGCCACUUGGAAAAUGAAAAAAGAUGAAAAAUGGCGCAAAAGCGCAAUCCCUCCGCAGGCUUCAAAACUGCCAGGGAGAUGCGGGCGGUAAAAAUGUCCAGGUCGCCCGGGCCACUUGGAAACCAGAAAAAGAGAAAAAAAUGCGCAAAAGCGCAAUCCCUCCGCAGGCUCCGAAACUGCCAGGCAGCUGCGGUCGGUGAAAAUGUCCGGAGCCCUUCGGCCACCUAAGAACCACAAAAAAGAGCGAAAAUUGAAAAAAACCGAGAACCCUCGGCAGGCUUACAAACUGGCCGCCAAGGGCGGUCCGGCGGGCGCGUGGUCGCGCCAUACCAUCGGGAUUGUGAAAAAAAAAACGCAUUAGAAGCGGGCGGAGGGAUGUCACAAAAUCCCUAUUUGCCCUGGUUUGUGGGCACAAAUCCUGCACCUCCGCCGCGUCUGAAAUGCCCGAUUUUGGUGGCCCGGAAGGGUCCGCGGAGAUUCGGCUUUCCGCAUACCUUCUUGGCCAGGAGGCCAGUUUGUCAUGCAGGGGGCUAGAAAGGAUGCCCCGCUGCGAAAUAGCAGACCGGAUUUCGCCUUCAAUGCUUAUCGCAGGAGCCUGCGGGCCGCCGCGGGCGACAGUAGUUGUCCGCGGCCCUUUAGGGCCGCGGGGAAGUGGUGGAGCCCGCGGCGGCCCGCAGGCUCCUGCGAUAAGCUUUGAAUGCGAAUCCGGAAGCCCCCGAUGACCCAGAUACCUUCCUGGCCAGGGGGCCAGUUUCUCAUGCAGGGGGCUUGAAGAAGAAGGAGUGGGACUGUAAUCAAAAAUAAAUAGCGCCAAAGCGCGGCCCGCAGGGCCGCGCUUUGGCCGCGCGGCUGGUUAGGCUUUCGCGCUGGUUAGAAUUUCGCGCACGCAUUUGGUUACCAAUAUCGCCCUCCGGGCGCGACCUUCAUAGCAGGAGGUAGCACGACAGGUCCUGGUAAAGUAGCACGCGAAAAAAGAAGGUCGAAUAAGACGCCCGCGGAAAUGAAUUCUUCCGUCAAUUGUAACAGAGCCAUCACUCAAGAAGGAAAGAAAACCGAUUCUUCAAGAACAUCCAGCGUGCGAGACAACAGAGAUGCAACUGGUCGCGCGAGGACCGCAAAAGCCUCCUCUUCGAGUUCGGCGGUUCUCUCAUCUCUCGACGAGGAACAUCAAACAGUGUGCCCUGCUGCUGAAGAAGCUGCUGGAGAAGGACAACAUUCGAAGGUUUACUUGAUACUGGAGCACCACAACAGUAAGUUCAAGUCUUUCGAUAUCCUGAGCAAAAACGUCCCCACACCAGAGUCAAGAUGAGGACUUUGCAACACAAACCUAAGAGCCUUGGACGUCACGCAUGACAAGUUGCAUUCCAUAGUGUAGUACAGGUUAGCAAGUGCAGCCGCAUCACAGAUCCAUAUGCUUAUCCUGUUCACAGCAUCACAAAUUCCAAAACACGAUUGGAAAUGGCUACCAUGGGUAUGCGCAUCACAAAUGUCCUCGUCAACGCAAAUCUGCAUGACAACUCCGGUGUGGGGACGUUUUUCCAUAUGAUAUUCGAAAAAGAGGACCGCAGCUACGACAGUGAGGGCUUCUUUCGGAACACCGGGUUCUCGCCCCUGGACCACCCGUUGCUUGUCCGGGCCUGCGAAACCCCCCAAAAACUUGGCAAGUGCCCGAUCAACCGGCUGGAGCGGUAUUUGAUACACGGAAACCACGUGGAGCAGUUUUUUCCCACCGGCCUAGACUGCGUCUUCAAUUCGGAGCUCGACGGGCUCAUGGAGGAGUAUUUCGCGAGGCUCAAAACCGAAUUGGAACAUCAAUUGGUAAGCUACCAACCUGCCCCGUCUUCGCUACUAGCAAAGGCGGGGCAGGUUGUUGCGGACACGGGACGAGCAGUAGUUCCUGACGCCGGAGGAGAGGCAAAAAACGCAAAUGCCUCCUCCUGUGGGCGGGGUCCUCUCGUGGGCACUACGAGUAGUAGAACCCCUGCUGAAAAUAAAAUGUCGGGCACCACGACGCAAGAAUGUCAAAAUUCUAUCCCUGUUUGUUCAUCUGCAACGUCCCGUCCUACUCCUACCAGUACAACUGCCGCCUCUGCAAAAAGUGCAAUUAUGUCUAAUGUCGCUCCAGCAGGAGCACCAAAUCCAAAGCCGGCGAAUUGUACUACAUCGUCGACAACGAUCACUAGUACGACCAGGCGUUCCUGGGUCGACCCUUUAAUGUCCAUUUCCAUUUCGCUUUCCCACUCGCAGACUCUGAUGCAAAGCACUUUCGGCAUUGGCACGGGGCUCAGCGAAGACAAGGACCGGCGUAACCAUUACUCGCACAAGUUCGCCGACCUCAUGUUUCGCCCACGAAUGCCGGACCCAACCGCCCGGUUACGCCCGGACAUGGUCGAGUUUGCGAGAGAACACGUCAAACACUGCUGCGCAAUCGACUACGGGUCGACCGCGGGAAAGCCUGACGAUUGGUUGUCGGACACUGACUGCAAAGAAAUGACGGACACGCUGCUACUGCUGCUCCACAGCCGCUUUCAGAUUCCGAAGCACGAACAGCCCACCACGAUGUCCGUGCCCUUUCCGGCGACGUUCUCUGUUGCACCGCCCGCCAGCCACGUUGCUGCAACACGAAAAGAUAGUACUUCGGGGUCCUCUGGUGUGGUGGUCGCAAAGCCAAAUAAAGCUCCGCCGGCUCCUGUGUCUGCGCAGGGUAAGAACAAUGGUCAGAUUGUUGCGCCGUCGGCGGGACGGAAUGGCUCUGGCGAGGAGAACAUCAAAUCUUUUUCUGCCGCGCCAGCUGCUCAUUCAGGACCGACAAUGUCAAGAACAAGUGCUGUGUCGUCUUGUGAUGACCUCCGAAUCGGCACACACGUCCAGAAAGGACAGGAAACCUCGCUAUCCUCAGGAAAAUCUUCAGGAAGAACACCGACAUUAGCAUCACCCCAGCAGGGCGGUGCGCAGGGUGUGCACACCACAGUGCCAGCAGUUGCAAAAAACCAAGAAACAGUUUCUGCGGCCAGUACUUCUAAUACAAGCAGCGCUCCUGUCGGAAAUGGAUUAGCUGCACCAUCCUCGGCGGCACCCGGAGUUGUAGUAAUCACGCCAGCACAUCUAGCACCAGCAAAAAAAGUUUCGGAAAACGAAACUUCUGUGCCGUCGCAGCAACCUCCGCCGCCACAGCAGGCGCAAAUAACUGGCGGGUUUUUAGGGGCCAUGCGGUCUCUGUUCUCGGCGAUCAUACCAGGCUCAAACUCGAGUUCCCCUUCUGACAAAACGAAAAAGAGUUCUGACAAGACGCCUGGUGCCGCACAGGAAAUGUUUGGUGUCACAUCGAAAGCACCCCCGAGUGGUGGUGCGCCAUCGUCGAGCUUGAGCAACCCCGAAACGACUGCAAUUAAUGGCGGGAAAACGAAAACAACCAACUUUUCGGCCCAUCCCCCUGCACCCCCAGAGCAGGCACGGAAAAAAUCAGAAACCACGACGCAGACGAGUGCCACCAGUUCUCUUACGGAUCCACUAGUGGCUGGAGCCGCAGUCGGGGAUGAUCUUCCUGAGUCUCAGCAGAUGUUUGCAGCUCUAGUCUUGGAAGAGGAGAAGAAAAAUCUUCAUCCCAGAAGACUAGGCCCGAAUCAUGACGAAGCAGCACCACAUGUUGCAGCAGCAGAUGUGACCUUUGCAAAAUCGCAAGACAAAAACUCUGCCCCGAACGGCCAGGAUUUUUCUUGUACUUCAAACCCAACGCGUCCCGUGCCGCAGAGCUCAUCUCGUGUAAAAGAACCCUCCGACAGGAGAUGCGUCACUUUUGACGAGACCACGCCUGAAAGGCAAGAACAACUUCCGCUACCCUCCUCGCGGCAACCGUCGAAGGUCAAACUGCGGCAAGGAACGCCCGGCAAGUGUCUGCUCGAGAGCUCCCCAGAGACGUCCCCCAGUCCGGCGGGAUGUGGGUCCUCCACCACUAGCAGCGUGGCCACGUCGCAAUCAAGUUCUUCCACCGCCAACGGCUACAACCGGUGCAAGAAGUCCCGGAAGCGCGUCCAAACAGAAGACAACCUCCACGAAGCCGGGGGCGGGCUGCACCGCGAUGGGAUUGCGGUUGCAUUGGAUUUUUCCGAGGCGGGCUCGUGCCGCACCUGCGGAGGGGGAGGCGAAGAUGCCAAAAAUGCGGAAAGUAGCUCACAGAAGACUCAGAGGCAGCCUUGCGAAAGUAACCCGACGAGGUACACCCUGUUUUAAAACGACAAUGCUCCUUAUUUAGAUAAAACCUGUAGAGAAUCAACAUACGCAACUGCGGUGUUGGCAUACAAUGAUCGAUGCACGGUAAGAACUAGAGCUAAUAUGUCCCCACCAGAGCAGGACGAUCUUCUUCCGUGGUUGGGCGUCUUUGAUGGAAGUACAACGAAUACAAAAUGCGCCUGCAUGCAUCGCAUGAACUACAUCAUGCCGAGCGAUUCAACUGACUUUAUUCAAGGUCUUCACAACUAUGCCCUGGCUGUGGUCGGUCGCCUGGUGCCACGGAAGCCGAUGCUUUUGGUACUACGACAUCGCGUUUUUCUGUACAGUCUUCUGUUUGCGUUGAACAACUACUGCGCAGACGUUUGCGCACACAGACGUACAACUGCUACCCGGCAGUGACAGUGAGUCUAUGCGUAAUGUUUCUGCCCCUACUUCGGUCACGAUCUGGCACUAGUCUGUCUACUUCCACCUCCUCUCGUCUAGUACUAGUAAAUCGCCGCGUGUCCUCCUCCUCCGCCCCUACCACAGGCUUGCAUGGAGAGACCGUCGGCCAUUUUCGGGCGCAUCUCUUCUCUGUGCGUGUCUUCCAUCGCCCGUGCCCUUCCUGGCGUGACGGGUGAGCCUAGGGCGCCCUGUCGUGGCGCACUCGCUACGAGGGCCUACUACCACCCGACGAACAACGACCAUGACGCCAGCAGCUCGGUGCCAGUUCGCGCCGUCAGAUGACCUGUCCAGCCACAGCCAGCCGCUGCAUGGGAGCGGUGCAGUCCUUCCUUGUUGCCCGAUAUGCCAUUCCCGGUGUCUUCGCAGGCUAUCGCCAUAGGCCUGUGUUUGAGGCUGCCGUACGCUCCUCCGGUGCGUUGUCUUGCUUCUCACCCUACUUGCCCUCCCCGGCGACUGUCUCUAGGAGAGCUGCGCGCACAGUCGUCUUGCAGGCCGGCCGGGGCCGGCAAUUCCAUGCCGGGUUUCGGAUUCGGCUUGGCUUUGGUUACUACCUUCCUUCCCAACCAUCCCGCCCGGGAUCUACACCGCACCCUCACGUGGGGACGGGGCCGGAGAUAAGGGAUAACGCCAGCCUCCCACAAUGACUCGUGGGCUCUCAAAUUUUGGAAGCCACAGAAGACUGAGCUGACCUCCCUCUGCGUGGUUUCUCAAAUUUGAAAAGAUGCUCCCUCGGCAUCUUUUGAAAUCCUGAAAACCACAGAACAGCCAGCUGCCCUCCUCGUCGGUCUGCGGCAUGUCAAAUUUGAAAAGAUGCUCCUUUCCUUCAGCAUCUUCUCGAAUCUUGGCAACCUCAGGACAGAAAACGGAUCGGCUCUUCUGCGGCUUCGAAGAUUGAAAAGAUGCUUCUUUAGCAUGGUGCCACGGAACCCGAUGCUUUUGGUACUACGACAUCGUAUUUUUCGUCUGUGUGCGUCUACGUCUAGUCUUUAGACUCUUUGAAGUUCGCUUUGCGUGUGCAUAUACAACACUGCUGGGAUUGCACUUUACAUAUAUGAUAAAUUUUUUUUUACCUGUUCCUGUUGUUGACCAAUUAGAAUGUCCUGUGGGGAUCGAUUUGUUUUCAUCACUAUGGUACGUGUCUCGGUCGUCGAGUCCGGGAAUGUCUGAAUUCUAUCAGGUGCGCGAAUAUGGGAGCCUCCUGAGCGGAGCGGCACACGCACCCGAGGACUAUGAAAUGCAAAAAUGUCUGGGUCUGGAAGGAUACAAGGUCUGUCAUGCACAUUUUGCAUGAGUUCUGAUGUCUGUGAUGCAUGCCCUAGCAUGACAGAUUCUGUGAGGGCUUUCUGAUGCCUAUACCGCAUGAGAAAUGCCCUCUCGCAAUGGAAAACACCGGACCUCUUUUGCUGUUCAUGCAAUACAGAUUUUUGUAGAAUCCAGCUGCAGCAUCACAAGUUCGCAUCCCUCCAGACCCAGACAUUUUUGCAUUUGAUAAGGACUGGAAUUCUGCAAGAAGGCGUUGGAAAAAGCGGCCGCUACCGAUAUGGAUUGUAAAAAUGUCUGGGUCUGGAAGGUUGCAACUUGUGAUGCUAUGUUUCGACUCUAAAAAGAUUUGUAUUGCAUGACCAGCAAGAGCCUAGUCCAGUUUUUGCUACGUGGGGAGGGCAUUUGUCAUGCGGAAUAGGCAUCAGGAGGCCUUCCAAAAAUCUGUGAUGCUAGGUCCCGCAUUCCAGACCUCAUGGGUCAUGGGAAACCUGCAUGACAAACAUGCACUUUUCCAGACCCAGACAUUUUUGCAUUUGAUAACCGACGGAACCGAGCAAAAGAACCCGAAGGCGGGGGUACAAGAACUACAACAACAUGUCGAACCAGCACUAGAAAAGGAUCAUUUGGAUUUACCAGAGACCCCGAUCAGCUUUUCAGCAAGUCCCAAACAUUUUUUCGUGCAGCAAGCGUCAGCAGAAGCAGACAAUACUCCGACGACGUCGACGUUGUUCGCGAAGCCGCCAUCCAAGUUUGCAGGCAGAAAGGAUUUCGCACUGAAAAGUUUUCUCCGGGCGCAGGAAACCACUUCCACGACCUUGCCGGGAGCCAGUGGCACGUUUUGCGGCGGCUCGACGCACGGAGUAGGUGUCGGACGGCCCGCAGUAGGGGCACAACAACCACAGGCAUCAGUGCCGCCGAGCAGCGGCUCAAGUGGGGCGUCGACGAAUAGCAGAAGUACGGCACCAGCUACAAUCCAGGCGAACCAAAACAGCAGUGCAGUCGCUGCUGCAGCUAGUACCAAUUGUUCCAAUCUCCACCAAGCUGCACAGCCACCUGCUGGCGCUACUUCCGCGAGCACGUCGAAACACAUGAGUAAGAAAAAAGCUGGAAAGCAGCAUGCCCGACUCAACGCACAAAAGAGAUUUUGCCCCUCGGCUGUGAACAGCGACGGCGCGGCGAGUGCAGUGAGUGCCACGGUGACCACCAAUUCGAAUACAGGAGCAUCGCCUUUAGCGGGAUCGGGCGUUGCUGGAUCUUCAUCCAGUGCUAGUGCUGCCAACUGGGGAUCUGGAGGAGGACCGACUCCUGUACCCGCGUCCAAAAUACAGCCGGGACUGGGCGAUCAGAUCCCGGCACGCGCACAAGACGCACCUCCGAUGCCACCGUCUGUACCGCAGCAACAGAAUACUGCCACGCCCAGAGGAGAGCAAAGCGGAAAUCAUGGUCUGGAGGUGCAACAAAAACAAAAUUGCCAAAACCUCAGCCAGGACCUAGGACAGGAGCGACAAGUUGUGCUAGACCACUGCCAGAACAACGCAGCAACCGCGGGGCAGCUGCAAGCAGUGGCCAAGAACAUGUCACCCUCGGCCUUUGCGAAUUUGAUACCCACCAAUCUUGCAUCCUGUGCAAAUCCCGCUGUUGCCUGUCCGGCAGAUGCAACUUCUACACCAGGAGGCACGAUGAAUACACCGCUGCAGCAGCCGCGAAAGGCCCCGACCGGAGGAGUGUUUCCGCCGCGGAGAACGGCGUUCGGCUUGGAAACGUUGCCGACAACGCUGACUUAUGAUCUGCAAAAGCAUCGUACUCGUAUAGAUGCAUUAGAAAUUUCCUCUGCAUCGGAAAUAAAAUUUGUAAUGCGGAUUUACCUUGACAAAGAAACUUGUAGUGCAUGAUUGCAAUUACUACGAGUACGAUACUUUUGCACAGCAUAUGACUGCAGAAGAGCGAGCGGCGGAAAUUUUGAAGGAGUACAAGAAAGUGACCACCUAUCAAAGAAAAAAAGUUCGUCACGAUCACUCAUGCGCAUUUUUGCAAUACAAAAUUGUUUGUCAUGCGUAAAAAUGCAUCACGGCCAAACUUCAUUAGGGAUUUCCCUAGUGUUUCUGCAAUACAAGGAAAGUUUGUGAUGCUGAGAAAAUUUGUAAUGCAAAACCUGUUUGUCACAGUCACUGUGACUGUGACAAACUUUUUUCUUUCCAUACCACCGACCCUGUCACCGGCGCCUGCACUGCGGACACGGGACUGGGACAAAGCUCCUACAUACCAAAGCAUACUCCUCAGGUAACGGUCGACAUUAGAUAUGCAGCUUGAUGUAAGUAAGUACUUAAGUACUUUUUUAUUCCUUUGCUUUGUUGUUCUUCUUGAAUCUUGAUGGAAUUACGUCGUUGCAGAAUCAAUCUUGACGUAAGCCCCUCCGACUGAUUUGGGUUUCAUUUCCUCCAACGACGCUGGGCGCGACGCUUCACGUCGUGCAGAAGUGAGAGUUACUUGAAUUGAUAGAUCGAACUCUCUGUAGUUCAACCAAGGUAGUAUAGUACGACAAGGUAAAAAUCACACCGCGGUAUUGACAACAACAUAUCAAAGUAAUGACAAAUACAUACAACAGCUGCUGGAGCAGAUGUACGGGGGAAAGCCGCCUCCGACUGCCGCGGCGGCGCAGUUUCUCGAGCAGUACCCCGCAAGCAACCAGUGACGCACGAGAAAACUGUUUCACCGUAAGCAGGUCAUGCAGAGGUUGCAACACCAACACAGAAGCAUUUGCCUCUUUAUCGAUGCUAAAUACUUAAGUAGAUUUUGUUUCUGGGACUAGGUUCGGAGUUAUUAUGCAGGACAAACCUGUCGGUGUCGUUGUGUUGUCAUCUAGGUUCUGCAAUAAAAUCUUUACAGUGAAACACUUGUUUCUCGCGACAAGCCGUGGUCUUCAAAAUCGUCCGGCUCUCCCGGAACGAAAGCAGCAAGCGGAACGAAUCCUCCCAGGGCUCCUGCGGGAGCAGGCGUUGCCACUUCUGCAACAGCGCAAAAGCAGCAGAAGAAGAAAAACCAGAACCGAAUUAUCAAUCAGAAUACUAACAAUAACCGCGGGCCAGGGGUAAACAGCAGUAGCACAGCCGCGCAAAGCCAACCGCCGCAGCCGGAGCCUGAGCGCGGGACGGCAGAGUACAAGGCCAUGCUGAAGCAGAAGCUGAACGAAGCAAAACUCCGGUGCAGAAGACAACAGAAGACCGGGAAGAAUAACAACACUACAACAUCAAGUGCGAACACUACCUCCGGAAGCACAACGACGAGCAGCACCACCGCUGCGACGAGUCCACCAACAUCGAAUGUUGCAGCGCAACCGGCUAGAGGAACAGCAAACGUAGCUCAGCAGCAGCCGGUUCUUGGGCCCUCGUCAGGGGUAGCACAGCAACCUGGUACAUCAACUAAGAAUACCGGCGGGAACUACAACAUCACCAGCUCGCAGAGCGCCGCUUCGCCGCCUGCAGCAACAACUCGAACAGCUACAACUUCCCAGCAAGAACAGCAAAUCACUGUUUGCGUGGCCACGACGGGGACAACGAACACGAAAACAACAGCGGUUCCGCGGACAGCGCAGGACAAAACCCAGCAGCAAACCUCAGACCAACCGCCGGAGGCCGCUCCCGCAACUAGUUCCCGCACUGAGUCUUCCGCUGGCACGACCCCAGGAAUGCAAGAAGGGUUGAAGAAAGAACAAGCGCAAGAGCAGCCCGGCGAAGCAGAGGACGCCCCGCUCCCGAGUCAAAGCCAAAAGAAGCACAAGGCCAGCACAAUGUUGGCUGCUCCUGCGAUGGCCGCGGGGCCUUAUCAGCAGCAGUCACUUCUUCGCUCCAUACCUCAGAUGGGAGGAGCUGCGGUGCAAACAAAGCAGAGCGCGUUAUUCGGAGGCCCCACGACCGCGAACCACUUAGCCUCCGCGCAAAACCUGCUGCGCGACACCAUUUCUGGUUGCGACUUUGGCAUCACGAGAAGCGUCUUCUCCGAAAGCGAGCCCGCCUUCUCCCGAGUGUUGCACGUGCGGCCCCCGCUGUUUCCCCGCCCGAGCACGUGCAACAUGCCGUCCCUGCCGUGGUCUGGUUCAACAAGCGGGGAUCUGCUUGCUCCCCCCAAGAACACAGUUCCGCACCUCUCCGCAUCUUCGAGUGGACGGCACGCAGAUGGUCCUGCCGAAUCCGCUUGCAGUGGUGCAAGCAGUGCUUGCUCGUCGACACUUCCAACCUCGUCUGCAGCUGAAAAGAAUCCGGUACCUACUUCAACUUCUUCAUCGAAAGGCCAAAUUCAAAACGCCAACGGAGUUGGAGUUGCUGCUGAAUCAGCGACGUCAUCGCUCGCUCCGUCUUCUCAGUUCGUGCUGAAAUCCGAGCUAUUGACAACGACGGUGACGGAAUUUUUUUCCGCCGAAAAAACAAGCAAUAGUGCGAGUUUGUUCGCGCAGGCAUCGGCGGAGCAGUCCGCUUUAGAAAACUCUGCGCAUGCCGGAUGAGCAACUUUUUUUUAUUGAAGUUGGCACUUCAGCCGACCGCAUUGGGAAAGGCAAUCUUGAUCGUGCUUUUUUUUCUCCGUCUGUACCUACAACAAGAAACAUUUUGGGGAGGGUCAUCGCUACAGUUUUUCUCGAUUUAUUGCUGCUUUACUGGGAUGAUCCAUCGGUGUCCGUCAGGAUCGUUAUCAGAGUUGGUUUAACCUAGUAAAGUAUCUUGAUUGUAUACCGAUGCUAAGUGCGUAGCGUUCGCUCUGCGCUUUUACCAAUUUUUUUUCAGUGUUCAUUUACAUGUUGAUUUACUUCUUUUUCAUUUUGUAGUUGCCGGCCUAGCUGGGGAUGGCACAGGCGACAUAAACAUCUGGCAGUUUUUGCGACGACGCCCGACAAGUUAAAGUUUUGAGUUUCUAUCGUGACCCGCCUCCGCCUGAUGGAGCGUAUUCAAUGAACUGCAAGAAUAAAAUCUUUAUACGGAUGUAAUGAGUCAAGUGGUGCCCCCGGGAGCGGCCAGGUAGUAAAGGCACAUUCACUUUUUUCAUCGCGAAAACGACAUGAAUCUUUUUCGUAGGAAAAUAAACAUGAAACGAAUUGAAUCCAUUGAUAAUUCUCUGCGGGGGUCGUCUGUAGUGUAAACCUCGAGUACUCCUGUUUUUGCUGCGAAAUGUAUUUGUUGUAGCUUUCUUCGUCAGAUGAAACCCUCUUCGAAGCCGUUUGGGUGGUCUUACGCGAAACAAGCUUGUGCUUGUGCUGGGAAAUAGCGACGUAGUUCCACAUGCGCUGAC